AUGGAAGCUACACACGUUCGAGAAAAGGGUCUUGUUGAGGGAAGUGAACACAUUGCUGGUGGGAAACAAAAUGAAGAAGUUCUAAAGAACAUUAUUGCAACUCAUCCUUUGUAUGAAGUUUUGAUUCAAUCUCACAUCAACUGCUUGAAGGAAGCUUAUUGCAUGGCACUGAGCAAGCUGAAAGAAGCAAUAGAAGAACCAACAAAAGAAACUAAUGCUUUCAUCAGAGCCACGUAUCAUGAACUAAAGCAACUGGAAGAAGUGAAGCACCCAUAA